AUGACGGAGGUUUUCGGUGAUGUAUUAUUAGAAAUGAUGCACAAUGAUAUCUUACAAAGACUUACCAAGCAAGAAACAGGAUUUGAUGAUGAAAUAUUUAUGAAGCUUUUUCGCAUUGUUAAGAGAACGCGCAAUUUUGAGGGCCAUAAGAAACAUGUAAGAUUUAUCGAAAGAGUUCCAAGAGCCACGCUAAAAAGCCCCGUUGGAGAGGUGGAAUUGUGCACCACUUAUAUUGACACAAUUCUUAGCCCGCUUUUUGCGGAUCCUGAUCGCGGUAUAUUUCUGCGAUGGCCAAAUAAAGAGGCUAUAGAGUCAAAGACUAGAAAAGCAGUAGGCAGAGCAAAACAACCAGAUGCUAUCAUCAACGAGGUCGACCAGCUGUCUUGGAGCUUGAGCAAAGGACAUGGUGAAGCAAAGGUUCAAGAAGAGAUGAAUAACCUUUACCUCCUUUGCACCGAUCUCAUCCGGAUAGCUGUGUUUAACAAAGAUGCGAUUGACGUUUAUAACAUGAAUUGUAUGCUUGGAUUUCAAGUUGUUGGUCAUCAUAUCACAUUCUACCUCACCACGCUUUUGUGUGAUGCCUUAUAUAUUAUGGUGGAAGUUGGUCACGUUGAUGUGCCUAUGUCACUUGAACAAGUUCCUGCUUUUCUCACUAGCCUUGAUACGCUUCUCAUCAUUUCCAAUGCAUAUUGGUCCAAUUGCAUUAUGUCUACCGAAAAAAAAGAACCAAGCAGGCGUAGUACUCUUGCAACACCAAGCUUUAAAGAAAUGGUUUCAAAGACUCGAGAUCGACAUCGACCUUGUCAAUUACGAUUUUAA